UCCAAGGAACAAAAACACAAUCAUGGGGAUGAUGAAAGGACCCAACAAAGAACUGAAUGUUCUGAAUGUUAUCUUCCAUCAUUCUCAAGUUAAUUUGUUUUAACAUACAUUGUUUAACAUUUUUGUUGUUUCCUUUGUUGUUGUAGUGCCUUUAAUGAGCUAUAUUCAAGCAGGCCAAAAAGGUAUAUAUCGAUCGCUUUUGUGAUUGCAAUGGUUUUAUUUCUGACACUGACUCAGAGAUCUACUGUGACACACACUCGACGCUCUUUACCCUCUGUGAAACUCAAUACACCCAUUAUGACACCCAUUGUAAACUGCAAUGAAAAAGCAGCAGUGGCAGCAGAUGCAGAAAUUUGCUCAAAAAUUGGAAGGGACAUUCUGGGACGCAAUGGUUCAGCAGUGGAUGCUGCUAUCGCUGCUCUGCUGUGUGUGAGUGUGAUUAACCCACAGAGUAUGGGCAUCGGUGGAGGAAGCGUGUUCACCAUAUACAAUGCAAUAAACGGAACCGUGGAGAUAAUUAAUGCUCGAGAGACUGCCCCAAUGAGUGCUACAGCAAACAUGUUUGACAAGGAGCCCCAAAAAGAGAAUCCAGGUAUCAUCCACCAUACAUAA